AAUGGGCAAAAGGAAUAUCGACAUAGGAUGCGCUUUGAGCCUGGAACAUCCAUAAAAUACAGCUGUGACCCUGGCUAUGUGCUGGUGGGCGAAGAAUCCAUAAAUUGUACCUCUGACGGGGUGUGGACACCCACUGUCCCCAAAUGCAAAGUGGCAGAGUGUGAACCUAUAGGAAAGUAUCUCUACAAAAAACCUCAGAAUCAAUUGAUUAGACCAGAUGUUAACUCUUCUUGCGAUGAAGGGUCCAGGUUAGGUGAGAGUGUUUAUCAGCUGUGUCAAGGCACCAUUCCUUGGUAUAUGGAGAUUCGUCUUUGUAAAGGUGAGUAGCAAAAAAUAACAGAGAACCUGAGAUCAUGUGACACCUCUGCAUGCCCUGGGAGAUUUCUGUUUUGGGCUAUGCUGUGGGAAUAAGAAUAUUAGCCUCUG